GUGUCUCUCUUUCUCUCUGUGUGUAACAGCGAGAGGGAGAGAGCGAGCGAGGCACGGAGAGGAGGAGGAGGAGGGGGGGAAGCUUUAAAUAAAGCCUUUGGAUUGCAGCUGCUUAUUUUGGGCAGUCCUACCAGGACGAUUCCUGCCAGGAAAGAAGCUGGACCAGUCGUUGUUUUGUUUGGGUUUGUUUUUUGGGUUUUUGUUUUUGGGUUUUUUUUUUUAAUUUAUUUUGAUUUUGAUUUUUGGGGGUGGCAGAGGUGUAUCUCCGAUCUGCCUGCGGAGAUGAGCUCCGGUGCCUGCCUGUAGUUUCCACUUUUGGAUCGCUGGACACAGAAGUGGUAUUUCGGUGGGGGGAAGCUGCAGACAUGUGAGAAUGGCUGGACCAUUGCAGUGGCGCACUGAUUUUUAUGGAUGGUGAACAAAAAAAGGGGAUUGAGAAGAGACCACACGAGUUAUUCUGACACAUGACUUGAGUGCUUUCUAUUCUUAGACAGAUGAGGAUCUGAAAUAUGUAGACUGAGAAUAACACAUCUCGGUUAAAACAAUAUCCUACAAGAAGCAUUUGAUGGAUUGUUCCUAGAUAUUUGUAAGAGGGCAAAUACAAAAAGUUAUUCCAAUCUGACCACCGCACAGACGUCAUUUUUUAAUGUUGAAUACUCAGAUAAGGGUGCCAUGGAUGUAAAAGAGAGGAAACCGUAUCGAUCUCUGACUCGGCGCCGCGACACUGAGCGUCGCUACACGAGCUCUUCGGCUGAGAGUGAGGACAGCAAGGUACCCCAGAAGUCCUACAGCUCCAGCGAGACUCUGAAGGCUUAUGAUCAAGAUUCCAGGUUGACCUACAGCAAUCGGGUCAAAGACAUGGUGCACCAGGAGGCCGAUGAAUUCUGCCGAGCAGGAGCCAACUUCUCUUUGCGAGAACUGGGUCUUGAAGAUGUGACACCCACACAUGGAACUUUGUACCGGACCGAUAUUGGGCUGCCUCACUGUGGCUACUCCAUCAGUGCUGGAUCGGAUGCCGACACAGAGGCAGACGUGGUCAUGUCGCCCGAGCACCCAGUGAGGCUCUGGGGACGCAACACCAAGUCUGGACGCAGCUCCUGCUUGUCGAGUCGGGCCAACUCCAAUCUCACCCUCACAGAUACAGAGCAUGAGAAUACUGAAACUGGUCCCCCCCUGCCCUGUUCGUCCGCCUCCUCCACCCCCCGCUCGCAGUCCCCCUCCCCUCUCCCCUCGCCGCCGGCCAAUGAGGGCCCGGGGCGGUCGCUGGGCGACGGCGCGGCCCGGGCGGCCGCGGGCUCGGACUCUGAGGAAGAGUUCGUCCCUCAGUCAUUCUUAGUUCAAAGUGGCUCUGGAAACCUCUGUGUCGCCGCCAACGAUCAUCCUCCAAAUCUUCAAAAUCAUUCAAGACUUAGAACUCCACCACCUCCAAUAUCACAUGCUCACACUCCAAAUCAGCAUCAUGCAGCCUCCAUCAAUUCCCUAAACAGAGGGAACUUCACUCCACGCAGCAACCCCAGCCCAGCUCCUACGGACCACUCUCUUUCUGGAGAACAACCAGCCACUACACAAGAGCCAGCCCAUGCUCAGGACAACUGGUUACUUAACAGUAACAUCCCACUGGAGACAAGAAACAUAGCAAAGCAGACAUUCCUAGAGACAUUGCAGGACAACCUCAUUGAGAUGGACAUUCUCACCUCCUCCCGACAUGACGGUGCUUACAAUGAUGGGCACUUCCUGUUCAAACCUGGAGGCACUUCUCCCCUUUUUUGUACAACAUCGCCGGGAUAUCCCCUGACGUCCAGCACUGUGUACUCACCUCCCCCUAGGCCCCUUCCCAGAAGUACCUUUUCUAGGCCUGCCUUUAACCUGAAGAAACCCUAUAAGUACUGUAACUGGAAAUGUGCUGCUCUGAGUGCUAUUGUCAUCUCAGUCACGCUGGUGAUCCUGCUGGCCUAUUUCAUAGCCAUGCACCUGUUUGGCCUAAACUGGCACCUGCAGCCGAUGGAAGGGCAGAUGUAUGAAAUCACGGAAGACACAGCCAGCAGUUGGCCAGUGCCAACGGACGUCUCCUUAUAUCCUUCGGGGGGCACAGGGUUAGAGUUACCUGACAGGAAAGGCAAAGGAACCAGUGAAGGAAAGCCCAGUAGUUUCUUUCCAGACGACAGUUUUAUAGACUCCGGAGAGAUUGAUGUAGGCAGACGAGCCACACAGAAGAUCCCUCCUGGUAUUUUUUGGAGAUCUCAGGUGUUCAUCGACCACCCAGUGCAUCUGAAAUUCAAUGUGUCUUUAGGAAAGGCUGCUCUGGUUGGCAUCUAUGGCAGAAAAGGACUCCCACCAUCACACACACAGUUUGACUUUGUCGAGCUCCUCGAUGGAAGACGUCUACUGACACAGGAGGCGAGGAGCUUGGAAGGACCUCAGCGGCAACACAGAGCUUUUGUGCCCCUAUCCAGCCACGAGACGGGAUUUAUCCAGUAUUUAGAUUCAGGAAUAUGGCAUUUAGCCUUCUACAAUGAUGGCAAGGAAUCGGAAGUGGUUUCUUUUCUUACUACUGCUAUUGAAUCAGUGGAUAACUGUCCCAGUAACUGUUAUGGGAAUGGAGACUGCGUGUCUGGAACUUGCCAUUGCUUCCUUGGCUUUCUGGGCCCUGACUGCGGCAGAGCAUCCUGCCCAGUGCUGUGCAGUGGAAAUGGGCAGUACAUGAAGGGAAGGUGCUUGUGCCAUAGUGGCUGGAAGGGAGCAGAGUGUGAUGUCCCAACGAACCAGUGCAUUGAUGUCUCCUGCAAUAACCAUGGCACAUGCAUCAUGGGGACCUGUAUCUGCAACCCAGGAUACAAAGGCGAGAGCUGUGAAGAAGUGGACUGCAUGGAUCCUACCUGCUCGGGACGAGGUGUGUGCGUGCGAGGAGAAUGUCACUGCUCUGUCGGCUGGGGAGGAACAAAUUGUGAGACCCCAAGAGCCACUUGUCUGGAUCAGUGCUCUGGUCAUGGGACCUUCCUCCCGGAUACUGGACUCUGCAGCUGCGAUCCCAACUGGACUGGACAUGAUUGCUCAAUCGAGAUUUGUGCAGCGGACUGCGGAGGACAUGGCAUUUGUGUCGGAGGCACCUGCCGCUGUGAGGAGGGAUGGAUGGGCACAGCCUGUGAUCAGCGAGCGUGUCACCCACGCUGCAAUGAGCACGGGACAUGCCGGGAUGGCAAGUGUGAAUGCAGCCCGGGCUGGAACGGAGAGCACUGCACUAUUGCUCACUAUCUGGAUAAGGUAGUGAAAGAGGGAUGCCCUGGCUUGUGUAACGGCAAUGGCAGAUGCACUCUGGACAUGAACGGCUGGCACUGUGUCUGCCAGCUGGGCUGGAGAGGAGCAGGCUGUGACACUUCCAUGGAGACGGCAUGCGGUGAUGGGAAAGACAACGAUGGAGAUGGCCUGGUGGAUUGCAUGGACCCAGAUUGCUGCUUACAGCCACUGUGCCAUGUCAAUGCGCUUUGCCUGGGCUCCCCAGACCCCCUGGAUAUCAUCCAGGAGACACAAGCCCCCAUCUCCCAGCAGAGCUUGCAUUCCUUCUAUGAUCGAAUCAAGUUCCUGAUUGGCAAGGACAGCACUCACGUCAUCCCAGGAGACAAUCCUUUUGAAGGCGGACAUGCAUGUGUGAUUCGAGGCCAGGUUAUGACGUCAGAUGGAACCCCUCUAGUCGGAGUGAACAUCAGCUUUGUCAACAAUCCUCACCUUGGGUACACAAUCAGCAGACAAGAUGGCAGCUUUGAUCUUGUUACCAUUGGUGGAAUCUCCAUUAUCCUGCACUUUGAACGGGCUCCCUUCAUCACCCAGGAACACACGCUGUGGCUACCAUGGGAUCGUUUCUUUGUGAUGGAAACCAUAGUCAUGAGGCAUGAAGAGAAUGAGAUCCCAAGCUGUGACCUCAGUAACUUUGCCCGGCCCAACCCUGUGGUUUCUCCAUCUCCGCUGACAGCUUUUGCAACUUCCUGCUCAGAGAAAGGUCCUAUUGUUCCUGAAAUCCAGGCUCUGCAAGAGGAGAUUAACGUUUCCGGUAGUAAAAUAAAAGUGAGUUACUUGAGCAGUCGCACAGCUGGCUACAAAUCAGUCCUGCGGAUCAGCAUGACCCACCCCACCAUCCCCUUCAACCUCAUGAAAGUCCACCUCAUGGUGGCCGUCGAGGGGCGCCUCUUCAGAAAGUGGUUUGCAGCAGCUCCAGACCUGUCCUAUUAUUUCAUCUGGGAUAAGACAGACGUUUACAGCCAGAAGGUGUAUGGGCUCUCAGAAGCCUUUGUUUCAGUAGGUUAUGAGUAUGAAUCCUGUCCAGACUUGAUUCUGUGGGAGAAGAGGACAGCUGUGCUCCAAGGUUAUGAAAUUGAUGCUUCCAAACUUGGAGGAUGGUCCCUGGACAAACACCAUGCCCUCAACAUACAAAGUGGCAUCUUGCACAAAGGAAAUGGGGAAAACCAGUUCAUUUCCCAGCAACCGCCUGUAAUUGGAAGCAUUAUGGGCAACGGCCGCAGACGUAGCAUUUCUUGUCCAAGCUGCAAUGGUCUGGCAGAUGGGAACAAACUCCUGGCUCCUGUUGCCCUAACAUGUGGGUCUGAUGGAAGCCUUUAUGUUGGAGAUUUCAACUACAUCCGAAGGAUCUUUCCCUCUGGCAAUGUCACCAACAUACUGGAGCUGAGAAAUAAAGAUUUCAGACAUAGCCACAGCCCAGCUCAUAAGUAUUACUUGACCACAGAUCCGAUCACCGGCUCCAUCUACCUCUCCGACACCAACAGCCGACGUAUCUAUAAAAUCAAGUCAACCACAUCAGUGAAAGACAUUGUGAAGAAUUCAGAGGUUUUGGCUGGAACUGGGGAUCAGUGCCUCCCAUUCGAUGAUACCCGAUGCGGAGAUGGAGGCAAAGGCACUGAUGCCACCCUUACAAAUCCCAGGGGCAUCACUGUGGACAAGUUUGGGCUGAUUUACUUUGUAGAUGGCACUAUGAUCAGGCGGAUUGAUCAGAAUGGAAUCAUCUCAACUGUGUUGGGUUCCAAUGACUUGACGUCUGCUCGGCCUCUCAGUUGUGACUCUGUUAUGGACAUUUCUCAGGUUCGUCUAGAAUGGCCCACGGAUCUGGCAGUCAAUCCCAUGGAUAAUUCACUCUACGUCCUCGACAAUAACGUUGUGCUACAGAUCUCUGAGAACCACCAAGUGCGCAUCGUGGCGGGGAGGCCCAUGCAUUGCCAGGUGCCAGGCAUGGAUCACUUUCUCCUCAGCAAGGUAGCAAUCCAUGCCACACUGGAGUCUGCCACCGCCCUGGCUGUCUCCCAUAACGGAGUCCUGUACAUUGCUGAGACCGACGAGAAGAAGAUCAACCGCAUCAGACAGGUCACCACCAAUGGAGAGAUUUCCCUCGUGGCCGGUGCCCCGAGCAGCUGUGACUGCAAGAAUGAUGCUAACUGUGACUGCUUCUCGGGGGACGAUGGCUACGCCAAGGAUGCCAAACUCAACGCGCCAUCCUCCCUGGCGGUGUGUGCAGAUGGGGAGCUGUAUGUCGCUGAUCUUGGAAAUAUCAGAAUCCGCUUUAUUCGGAAAAACAAGCCAUUCCUCAACACACAAAAUCUAUAUGAGUUAUCCUCGCCCAUAGACCAGGAACUCUACCUGUUUGACACCAGUGGGAAGCACCUUUAUACCCAGAGCCUUACCACUGGAGAUUAUCUUUACAAUUUUACUUAUUCUGGAGAUGGAGAUAUAACCCUGAUCACUGACAAUAAUGGCAAUUUAGUCAAUAUCCGAAGAGAUUCCACAGGGAUGCCCCUCUGGCUGGUGGUGCCCGAUGGCCAAGUCUACUGGGUGACAAUUGGUACGAACAGUGCACUCAAGAGUGUAACAACACAGGGGCAUGAAGUGGCCAUGAUGACUUACCACGGCAACUCCGGUCUCCUUGCCACUAAAAGCAAUGAAAAUGGUUGGACAACAUUUUAUGAGUACGACAGCUUUGGCCGCCUGACCAACGUGACCUUCCCUACUGGCCAAGUGAGCAGCUUCCGCAGCGAUACCGACAGCUCCGUGCACGUCCAGGUGGAAACCUCCAGCAAGGAUGAUGUCACGAUAACAACCAAUCUGUCAGCAUCAGGAGCCUUCUACACCCUGCUCCAAGACCAAGUCCGAAACAGCUACUACAUUGGUGCUGAUGGCUCUCUUAGACUGAUGCUUGCCAACGGCAUGGAAGUGGCCUUGCAAACCGAGCCACAUCUGCUGGCUGGCACCGUCAACCCCACAGUGGGCAAGAGGAAUGUCACCCUCCCCAUCGACAAUGGACUCAAUCUUGUGGAGUGGAGGCAAAGGAAGGAGCAAGCAAGAGGGCAGGUCACCGUCUUUGGACGUCGACUGAGGGUUCACAACAGAAACCUGCUGUCUCUUGACUUUGAUCGUGUGACAAGGACAGAGAAAAUCUAUGAUGACCACCGGAAGUUCACGCUCCGCAUCCUCUACGACCAGGCAGGGAGGCCCAGUCUCUGGUCACCAAGCAGCAGACUGAAUGGGGUCAAUGUCACCUAUUCCCCAGGAGGGCACAUUGCGGGGAUUCAGAGGGGCACAAUGUCAGAAAGGAUGGAGUAUGACCAGUCCGGCAGAAUUACAUCCAGGAUCUUUGCUGAUGGCAAAUCAUGGAGCUACACUUACUUGGAGAAGUCCAUGGUGCUGCUCCUUCACAGCCAGAGACAGUACAUCUUUGAGUUUGACAAGAAUGACCGGUUGUCAUCGGUGACCAUGCCCAAUGUUGCGCGUCAGACUUUAGAAACCAUUCGUUCCAUUGGCUACUACAGGAACAUUUACCGACCACCAGAAGGCAACGCCUCGGUUAUUCAGGAUUUCACAGAGGAUGAGCAGCUCCUCCACACUUUGUACUUGGGCACAGGGAGACGUGUCAUCUACAAGUACGGAAAAUUGUCCAAGUUAGCUGAGAUGCUCUAUGACACCACAAAGAUCAGUUUCACUUACGAUGAAACUGCUGGCAUGCUGAAGACCAUCAACUUGCAGAAUGAAGGGUUCACCUGUACAAUCAGGUACAGACAAAUAGGGCCCCUCAUUGAUCGACAGAUUUUCCGCUUCACUGAGGAAGGCAUGGUGAAUGCACGCUUUGACUACAAUUAUGACAACAGCUUUCGGGUGACCAGCAUGCAAGCAGUCAUCAACGAGACACCUUUACCUAUUGAUCUCUACAGGUAUGAUGACGUGUCAGGCAAAACUGAGCAAUUUGGUAAAUUUGGAGUAAUUUACUACGAUAUCAACCAGAUUAUCACCACUGCUGUCAUGACUCAUACUAAACAUUUUGAUGCCUAUGGCAGAAUGAAGGAGGUCCAGUAUGAGAUAUUCCGGUCUCUCAUGUACUGGAUGACUGUGCAGUACGACAACAUGGGAAGAGUGGUUAAGAAAGAGCUGAAGGUUGGCCCUUAUGCAAACACAACUAGGUACUCAUAUGAAUAUGAUGCUGAUGGCCAGUUGCAGACAGUGUCUAUCAAUGACAAACCACUCUGGCGUUACAGCUAUGACCUAAAUGGAAACCUCCAUUUGUUGAGUCCAGGGAAUAGUGCUCGCCUUACACCGCUCAGGUAUGACCUCAGGGAUAGAAUUACUAGACUGGGGGAUGUGCAGUACAAAAUGGAUGAAGAUGGCUUCCUGAAGCAAAGGGGCAAUGAUAUUUUUGAGUACAAUUCAGCUGGCCUGCUCAUCAAAGCCUACAAUAAAGUUAGUGGGUGGAGUGUGAAGUACCGCUAUGAUGGCCUAGGGAGGAGAGUCUCCAGCAAAACCAGCCAUGGUCAUCACUUGCAGUUCUUCUAUGCAGAUCUGACCAACCCAACCAAGGUCACCCAUCUGUACAACCACUCAAGUUCUGAGAUCACCUCCCUUUACUAUGACCUCCAAGGCCACCUCUUUGCAAUGGAGCUCAGCAGCGGUGAUGAAUUCUACAUAGCCUGCGAUAACAUCGGCACUCCUCUGGCUGUUUUCAGCGGGACUGGCUUAAUGAUCAAGCAGAUACUGUACACAGCAUAUGGGGAGAUCUAUAUGGACACCAAUCCCAACUUCCAGAUCAUCAUUGGCUACCAUGGAGGACUGUAUGACCCCCUCACAAAGCUUAUCCACAUGGGACGGAGAGACUAUGAUGUGCUAGCGGGUCGGUGGACAAGUCCAGACCAUGAUAUGUGGAAGCAUCUGAGUAGCAAUAAUAUAAUGCCUUUCAACCUGUAUAUGUUCAAAAACAACAACCCCAUUAGCAACUCUCAGGAUAUCAAAUGUUACAUGACAGAUGUCAACAGUUGGCUGCUCACCUUCGGGUUCCAGCUACACAACGUCAUCCCCGGCUACCCCAAGCCAGACGUGGAUGCAAUGGAGCCGUCCUAUGAGCUAAUCCACACACAGAUGAAAACCCAAGAAUGGGACAAUAGCAAGUCAAUUUUGGGGGUCCAGUGUGAAGUGCAGAAGCAGCUGAAGGCCUUUGUCACUCUCGAGCGCUUUGAACGGAUCUACAGCUCCAGCAUUGCUGGGUGCCAGCAUAUCAAGAAGAACAAGAACUUUGCUUCUGGAGGUUCCAUCUUCGGCAAGGGCGUCAAGUUCGCCAUGAAGGAUGGGCGAGUGGCCACCGACAUUAUCAGCGUGGCCAACGAGGACGGGCGGAGGAUCGCGGCCAUCCUGAACAACGCCCAUUACCUGGAGAACUUGCACUUCACCAUCGAUGGGGUGGACACACACUAUUUCAUUAAGCAGGGGCCAUCGGAGGGUGACCUGUCCAUCCUGGGCCUCAGCGGCGGGCGGAGGACCCUGGAGAACGGCGUGAAUGUGACAGUGUCCCAGAUCAACACAGUGCUGAGUGGAAGGACUAGACGUUACACAGACAUCCAGCUCCAGUAUGGUGCACUGUGUCUAAACACUCGCUACGGGACCACCUUGGACGAGGAGAAGGCACGUGUCCUGGAGCUGGCCCGACAGCGCGCUGUCACCCAAGCUUGGUCCCGGGAACAGCAGAGACUGCGGGAUGGGGAGGAGGGUAUUCGAUCGUGGACAGAAGGGGAGAGGCAACAAGUGCUAAACACGGGCCGGGUACAGGGCUACGAUGGCUAUUUCGUGAUCUCAGUGGAGCAGUACCCCGAACUCUCAGACAGCGCCAACAACAUCCACUUCAUGAGACAGAGUGAAAUGGGCAGAAGGUGACAGAGAGGGUCAAUGCGGUGACUUCUUGCCAAAGACAGCUACUCUUUUGUGGCCACUUACCUGACUGUGUUGUACUCAAUACUUUUUCUAAACUGAACAAGGGGGGGGAGGAAAAUAGAAAGAAAAGGAAUAAUACAGUUGCACUGUAACUCAUGCAACAUACUUUUUUCCCUCUUUAAUUUGGCCUUCGUGUGUUUUUUGCAAUGAACAGAAGGUAUAUUUUGCCGUAGUGUGAUCACAGUGAAAUUUACUGUCUCUUGUCCUUUUUUGGUUUUGUUUUGUUUUCGUUUUUUCCCCCUCUUUUGUGAGGAAUUUGAAGUGGGGAGUCGUCAACGUACGUACGUCCUUAGGUGUAAGUGCGAAAUGGGUGUCUGUGCUAACUCGUGUCAUCCUAACCCUUUCUGGUUUGGGCAGGGACAGAGAGCCUUCCACCCAAAACAUGGGGAGUCCGUGGCAUGCCAGAGAGCUCUUCCUGGAAAGAAUGGAGAUGGAAGACAACGCUGAUUCUGACACUCUGAAAGUGACCGUCCAAAUCAUGUGCCUCAAAAGAGACCUUACUAGUAGUUUUCAUGUUUCAGUUGGGACAUAAAGUGUUUCCUUGGGGGCUCCUGCUGAGCAGAAGUAGAUUAUAGAGGCAAAGGAGCUGAUUAUAUUACUUUGCAAGAUGAUUCUCUUCCUUCCUGAACUGGAAUAAAAAAAGAAAAAAACCAGUCUUUUUUCAUUAUGAGAGUAGAUACUUUUGGGGUUUUUUGUGUGUGCACAAAUCCUGGUUUUAGUUAAAUAACCUAGCAAAAGCCAAGAAAAGGGACUCCUGCUCUAUUGAGAAAAGCUAAAAUAAAUCCUCUCUCUCAUACGUAGAGCUGUUCUAUAGGUGGAUUUAAUGCACCCAUGUUGUACAUUUGCUAAUGGCAUAACUUCAUUAAAUGUAUAGUGUUUCAGUACAUGAGGCUACGUGUUUAACAGUCCACUGUGCUGUAUCUGAUAAAACCAGUUAAUUUUUAAGAAGCUGAUUUGAAUUUAAAAGUAGUUAUAGUAUCCCAGUGACAUACCACUGAAAAUUAGAGCCAAACCCUGCUUUUCCUGAUUCUGGAGCUUGUAUUUAUUGGCUGGGAAAUGCAGUUUUGAGUAGCAUGCUGGCAAGUCGUUUAUGACUAUGGCAGAUAAAUGUCUCCCGGGGACUUUGGCAGCAGGGAUUUUAAAAUGCUUAAUAAGUAGCAACAGCUUGUGCGUGGUGGGACAAGAAGGAGAAUAUUGGAAUCAGCUCUCUCACUGUUUCUUACAUGAGCUCGAAUUAAAUGGAGAGCACAGUUGACUGUUAGCAGUGACGAAGGGGGAGAUUGAGUGGAAAUGCCCACUGCAGAGGGGACCAAGUGCUUUAAUGAGAAACUGCUGACAAAGUCACUCGGCAUGCUAAUGUAAUUUGUAUUCACAUAACCUCUGUGCUCUGGUAUUUGCAAGAGUCCUUGAAAUUCAAGGGAGCAAGGAGAUGAGCUCAGCAUCCUCUUCCCUGCCUGAAACAGUCCUGUGAUAGCAAGGGCUGUUCCUGCAGGCAGAGAUGUUACCCCACCUCUCAAUGGAGCUCUGGCUGGAGGUGGCCAACCCUGGUCCCAAACAGAUGUCUUAUCACACUGACACCAGCACAUAUGCCGAUUCUAAAAGCUCUCACUGUGUUUCUUUGGGAACAGCUCAGUCCUGGCUUUUUAUUCCAUCCACUUUGGUUUUUGCUUCCCAGUUCUUCAGAGAGAUAACCCAAGAUGUGCAAUCCAUGCCAAGGCUGUUUUCUGACUUGGAGCCCUACGAUGCACCUUUGUCCUCGGAGUCAGCUCUUCUGCAUUCAUGCCACCAGCACUGCCAUUCUCCAACACAGACUGACACUUGUUUGCAGGCUCUCACCCCCCAGACAAAGCGGGGGUGUUAUGUCGGGCAUGGAGUCCUCGAGCAGCGAAACAUUGGCAGCCCCAGUGCUGUCACGGUUUCCCCGUAGAUGCCGGCUGCCAGCUCCGUCUGCCUUGCCUGUCUGUUCCAGGGUGCUUGCCAGAAGGAAGGUGAUGGGAUGGAAAUUCCCCUAACAGACUGUUCCUCCUCCAGUUCCCAAUCCCUAAGGCCUUUGGCUGUGUGGCCAUAACCACCGGUAUGGUUUUGAUUUUCUGGUGGUCUCUCCUGCUUGCAGUGAGUGUGAUGAUGCUGGUGCUGUGUCCCAGUGCUGUACUCUGAACCACCCCUUGCAGCACACAACCUUUAUUUGGCAGGAGUCAACCACAGGCAGCUGGAAAGGGUAUCCAGUUCUGGCAGUGUCAGCUUGGAGAAGAUGCGUUGGCCAGACCAGCUCUAGGCUUUGGCAAGGGAGCAGUUGCUUUAGGCUGCCGCCUGCCAGGAAUGGUUAAAAGGCCAUGGCAUUACCACCUGUAUUGCCAGUAUCAAGCUCUUGGGAAGCCUCGAUUGCCCCGAGGAUGCACUGGUGGGGAUUAGGGGAAGUGUUAGACAAACCAGCAGUAGCCACCUACUCAAAGGAGGCAGUACCCUCUUCACAGUGCUACCCAGCUCCCUGCUUCCCCAUCCCCAGGUCACAUCAGGGACAAAUCCCUCUUAGAACCUCAAACUUGUGAUGGCUGUGAAUGUCUAAAACAGCAUGAAUGGAGGAAAAAACAUCUGCAGGAAGCUGGGUCAAAAGGUAUAAAUCCCUGGUGAAUACCUGCGGUGCAGAGAGGACUCAAUGUGUCUCCCAUUUACACUGCCCCACUCCGAGCGGUUCCAAAGAGAACUGGUGCUUCUGUAUCCAUCUCUAUCCAUAUGUUACAAUGCUAAGAGGAGUAGUGCAAGAGUAAAUGGGCCAUGUUUCCAUGGAGCCAAGAAAAGGGAUUCAAGUGUGAAACAUUCCUACUGGAACCCUGCCAGCCUGAGAUGGCACCUCUACAGCCUUACAGAGACUCUUCAGGUUAUUACAUGAGCUAAUGACUUUGAGGAGUUCACCCGUGUUUCAAGAGUCUUACAGUCCUGCCGUGCACACCCAGCAUGCCAGGAGCCAUCCUGCUCUGCACCAUGGCAAAGGCAAACCCCUCGAGUUGCAUUCCUCAAGCAGCGGUGGGAUGCAACUGCACCUGUCUGUCUGCCAGGUCCACGAGGAUCUUCUCCUGGGCCUGCACAUGGCGUGGGAACUAUGGACAUUAGGUCAAAAAGGGGAAAAAAGUAUAUAUGUAAAAGUAUAUAUAUGUAUAUGUUGCUCCUCUCUAUCAAAACAAAAAACUUAAAAGGGGUGGCUGUCUAGUGUUCGGGACAAACCUGACCAAAGACAGCUACUACAUUCCUAAAUCCUCAGCCUCUGUGAAAGCUUUCAACUUCACCUAGAUGGCAAAACAAGAACAUUUUCAGUCCUGAAGCCCUAAAUUUACCCCUCCAUUGGUGAAAAAUGCUUUUUCUACAGUAUCUCAAGUGCAUUCCCAUGGAAUGGGUUGAGAACACGAAGAGUUGUGCCCUCAUCAAGGGACUGUACUCCACUAUCCACAAGCAUUUUCAUUCUACUGAUGGCACCAUAGCCACUUCCCAGCCCUUGUGUUGCCCCUUCUGCCUCCGCUAUGGGCCAUGCUGUGUGUGCCUGACCCUUCCUGCUUUGCUUAUAGGAAGAGGUGCAGCAAUUCAUUGCUUCGGUAAGACUGGGAGGUCCUGGGUGCAAAUCCGACAGCACUAACCCCCAUUUCAUAGAAUCAUAGAAUGGUUUGGGAUGGAAGGUACCUUAAAGAUCAUCUCAUUCCAAUCCUCCUGCCAUGAUCAGGAAUACCUUCCAUGACAUCGGGGUUGGUCAAAGGUCCAUCGAACCUGGUCUUGAACACUUCCACGGAUGGGGCAGCCACAA